GACAGGAUAUCCUUCACCGCGCAGCAGAGCCAGAAGGGCGUGCAGGCCACGGACAUAACGGUGUUGUCAACUGGACCAGACGGAGCCCAGCAUUUCUUCGGGGAGGUCAAGUCCUAUAAUGCCCUCAAGGGCUUCGGGUUCAUCUCGGGGCCCGCAGUCGAGAAGGUGUUCGGCAAGGACGUCUUCGUGAUGAGGAGCGAGUUCCCCAACGGCGUGGUGCCCACGGGCGCCCAGGUGCACUUCAAGGCCAAGGCGGGCGACAGAGGAGGCGAGUACAGCAGCGACGUGAGGUACAGGAGAUGCGGAUGGAGUUGCGUGAUGCUGGACACCAGAGGGCGCACCAGAGAUUUCCAGACCUGGGCCGCGAAGUUCGGACCCCUGCCAGGCUCACGCCAGUCCAACAACAGGGCGGAGCUGUGGUCGCUCAUCAAUUGCCUGGAGUCGACGUGCGGAAACCUGACCUUCUGGACGGACAGCGAGAUCACCCUCGUCUGCUGGCACGCACGCCGCGAUGAGAGACCAGAAGGGGCCGCCAACUGCGACCUCUGGCGCCGCGUGCGGAGGGCCAUCGCCGAGAGAGGAGGUGGCAGGGAGAUCAUCACUUUGUGCCACCUGAACAGCCACCUGACGGAGACGGAGGACGCCAUGGAGCGGAGGCCGACGGAGAACAAGGAGCUGAAGAUGGCGAGGAGGCACGCGGUCAUGCAGAGGAGAGCGCAGAGGAAGGUCAAGGCAGACUACCUCGCGCGAGACCCCCGCAGACGGCCAGCCACCACGCACGACCUCGUGAAGCUCAGACGAGGACGAGGGUGGAGGUGCAAGUGCUGCAACCAGUCAGUCACGACGGCGACGGCCCUUUCCAGCAUCAAGGAGUGGUUCGAGCAGAAGUGCGGUGGCCCGCCCCCAGCGGCAGGCAGGUGCAUCGAGUUCAACGGCCACACCUCGCACCCGUCGCACCCCCUGCGAUGGCUGGGCCGCCAGGGGCGCUGGUUCUGCACGCUCUGUGCGAGCUCCGCCACGGAGAUGGUCUCGGACAAGCUGCAGGCACCCUGCCGCCUCCGCCCCACCUGCGAGUCGAGAAGAUACCUGCUGAAGAGCUGGACUAAGCUCGCAGACGCAGAGGAGUGGAGGAUGUGGCCAGAGAACAAGCAGGAUGAGAUUCGAGUUACACCUGGAUGGUUAGAAACGGUCGAGGACCCCUUCGCAGAUCGUGAAGACCACAUCGAAGAGGAGCAGCCGCAGCAGUCAACAGAAGGUCUCGAGGCGGAGGUCCCUGACGAGCCCAGUGAGCAUGACGCGGACUUCGUGACCAACAUGCCAGAGGUCAGAAGCAUCGAGGAUGACCUGAGGAGAACCCGAGAGGUGGCCGCUGGAGGGAUCGUGAAUGGCGACCACGCCGCGGUGCUCGACAGCGACCAGGCUCCCCCGCACGCUGACCCCCUCCCACCCCUGGGACCAGGAGCCGCCCAAGCCCAAAAUGAGCGAGCAGGAGGCAGAGGUGAGGGCGACGAGGCUGCUGGAGGUGGCGACUGCGCCGAGAGCAAGGAUGAGACAGUGCCAGCCGUUGGAGACAGUCCUGAAGCUCAAGCAGGUCGAGCCAGACGACAGCCAGAGGAGAAGUGA